AUGAAAUGGCAGGCUGGGGAAGCUUUGACGAAUAAGGGAUUCGAAACGCAAGCGCGAAUUCAUCGCUAUCAGUUACUUGGGAAAGCUUGUGUAUCUGAUAACAUAAAUGCCCUUUUCCUAGGACACCAUCAAGAUGAUAACGUGGAGACUGCAUUUAUGCGCCUAGCUAAAGGCCAUCAGAAACUUGGGUUAGUUGGAUUUGAUGACGUUGCGCCCAUCCCAGAGUGCCAUGGCCUAUAUGGGGUGAGCAAAAGCGGUUUAGAUACAUCACUCCUAGAGAUCCUCGAGAGCACAAAUAUGGACGGCAUUCGCUGGGGCCCACCUACGCAACCUACUAUGCGUAAUAUAAUUUCUACUUCGGGGAACAUGCGAUUUUCCACCGGCGGAGUCUACCUCUUCCGUCCGUUUCGAUCGUUCUCAAAAUCGCGGCUAAUGGCAACAUGUCAAGAAAACAAUGUCCCAUUUGUUACUGAUGCUACAAACAAGGACAAAACGUUUACUCUUCGGAAUACAGUGCGCCAACUCAUAGAUUCACAAGACCUGCUUCCACGAGCGCUACAGAGACCGUCAAUUUUGUCUCUGGUGGAUAGAUCGAGAGAGAACACACAGAAAUUCCGUGAGAUAUGCGACGCACUUCUUAGGAUGGUAGAGAUUCUCAACUAUGAUCCUCGCUUUGGGACAGUGGUCAUUAAAAUGCCUGCAAUAUCCGAUCUACCCAAGGAGCAGAGAAAGGCCGUGUAUGACCGGGCUGCUCUUCCAGAGGAAAUACAAGAAAUUUAUGCGUCAGCCAUGCGAAGCUUAUGUGACCUUAUUUCACCAUACCCCGAUCGAUGGAAACCCCUAUCCCAAUUCAAAAACCCUGCACACAGAGUAUUUCUGGGGUAUGACCCGUCCAACAAGAACGGCACCAUUUUCACUGUAGGUGAACGGCUCAUGGGUUUAUACUACGAAGUGGAAGCUACCGACUGCGGCCACGAGACCACGAGAAGUUCAUCUAUACUGAAUGGACAGAUUGGCAACUGUGGGAUAAUCGGUAUUGGAUACGCGUCCGUGGUCGUGCCAACAUUAGACAACACGAUAAUACUCGGGACGAUAGAUCUCGGAAACGCCUAUCCACAUUCCCCAGAUAUUCAUCCGAUUCCGCAAUCCCGAUCAGACUUCGCGCUCUAA